AUGGGCAACACGUGCGGCGUCACCUUUAGAUCCAUGUACUUCUCCAGCUUCCGCGGCGCCUCGCAGCGCCACGACCCGGAGUACGCGCCCAUCGCCGCCGCCGCCGCCGAUGACCCGCCUGGCAAGCGGCCGUCGCGUCCGGCAGCUGCGGGACCUGACGGUUCCCUGGCGGCGGCCGCGGCGGACGAUGCGCCGCCGCCUCCCGCCUCCGCCAUGCGCAGGGGCGCGCUCGCCCCCGCGGAGCUGACGGCCAACGUGCUCGGCCACCCCACCCCGAGCCUCCACGACCACUACCUGCUCGGCCGAAAGCUCGGGCAGGGGCAGUUCGGCACCACCUACCUCUGCACCCACCGAGCCACGGGGGUGGAUUACGCCUGCAAGUCGAUCGGCAAGCGCAAGCUCAUCACCAAGGAGGACGUCGAGGAUGUGCGCCGCGAGAUCCAGAUCAUGCACCACCUCGCCGGCCACCGGAACGUCGUCGCCAUCAAGGGCGCCUACGAGGACCAGGCCUACGUCCACAUCGUCAUGGAGCUCUGCGCGGGCGGCGAGCUGUUCGACCGCAUCAUAAAGCGGGGGCAUUACAGCGAGCGCAAGGCGGCCGAGCUCACGCGCAUCGUUGUAGGGGUUGUCGAGGCGUGCCACUCGCUUGGGGUCAUGCACAGGGACCUCAAACCUGAAAACUUCUUGCUGGCGAACAAGGAUGACGACAUGUCGCUUAAGGCCAUCGAUUUCGGCCUCUCUGUGUUCUUCAAGCCCGGUCAAGUGUUCACAGAUGUUGUUGGAAGUCCUUACUACGUAGCUCCAGAAGUGCUGCGCAAAUCUUAUGGGCCAGAAGCUGAUGUAUGGACAGCUGGUGUAAUUCUUUACAUACUACUAAGUGGUGUACCACCAUUUUGGGCAGAGACACAGCAAGGAAUAUUUGACGCAGUAUUAAAAGGCACUAUUGAUUUUGACUGCGAUCCCUGGCCUGUUAUUUCUGAAAGUGCGAAGGAUCUUAUAAGAAGAAUGUUGAAUCCUCAUCCUGCAGAACGUCUAACUGCUCAUGAAGUUCUAUGCCAUCCUUGGAUUUGUGAUCAGGGAGUUGCUCCUGAUCGACCACUUGAUCCUGCUGUCCUUUCGCGCAUUAAGCAGUUCUCAGCAAUGAAUAAGUUGAAGAAGAUGGCUUUGCGAGUAAUUGCUGAGAGCCUUUCAGAAGAGGAGAUUGCGGGAUUAAAAGAAAUGUUUGAGGCAAUGGACACAGAUAACAGCGGUGCAAUUACAUAUGAUGAGCUGAAAGAGGGCAUGAGAAAGUAUGGUUCAACAUUAAAAGAUACUGAGAUUCGUGAUCUUAUGGAAGCAGCAGAUGUGGACAACAGUGGAACCAUUGAUUACAUAGAAUUCAUUGCUGCUACGCUGCAUCUCAAUAAACUAGAACGAGAGGAACAUCUAGUGGCAGCCUUUUCUUAUUUUGACAAGGAUGGCAGUGGUUACAUUACAGUGGAUGAGCUCCAGCAAGCUUGCAAAGAGCAUAACAUGCCAGAUGCUUUUCUUGAUGAUGUCAUAAUAGAAGCUGAUCAGGAUAAUGAUGGUCGAAUUGAUUAUGGGGAGUUCGUCGCCAUGAUGACAAAGGGCAAUAUGGGGGUUGGAAGAAGAACAAUGAGAAACAGCCUGAAUAUUAGCAUGACUGCAUGAGAAAUGCACCUGGCUGACGCUGAGCAUCCACGAAGUACAGCUUGUGGAGCUGAUUUAAUCUCCUGCUAUACGGAAGCUGCCUACAGUUUUUGUACCCUGUCAGUUGUAGGUGUGGAUAUGUGUUUUAGGCGAUUCUUAUUGUUUGUCUAAUCUAACUCCUGUUAUUUCGUUGAUGAAAUGUGGGGGAGGUGGUCUCGCAAUUCUGCAAAUGUUCAUAAUGUGGUCGCUUGAUUUCUGCGAUGCUU